AUGGGCACUGAUAGGUGGCACUGAUGGGCACUGAUAGGCUGCAGUGAUGGGCACUGAUAGGCUGCAGUGAUGGGCACUGGUAGGCAGGGCGGACUGACAACUCAUGGGGCCCCCGGGCAAUAGGGGAUCAUGGGGCCCCUGUGUCCUUGCCCAAACUCAAAAAAGCCUAUGAAAAAGAUACCAGGGCAUCUCAUGGGGCCCCAUACUGACCCGUGCCCUCGGGCAGUGCCCGAGUUUCCAAAUGGACAGUCCACCCCUGCUCAUAGGGCCCCUGGGCAAUAGGG